GUAAAACGCUAUAUAUAUUUUGAACGAUAAAUAAAUGAUAUUUUGGUUAAGGUUUUCCUCGAAAUUCAACAUUGUUUUUUAUGCGGAGUAUCACAAUAUUACACGGACUGAAGGAUUAACCAAAUGAUGACGCAUACCACCAUAACCUAAAGCCAGAAUGUCAUCGUCAACAACGUGGGCGGAGUUAACGCAAUUUCAAUGCCCAGUCUCUGGUUGCCCUUCAAAAGAAAGCCAGUCUUGGGUUUGUGAGAGGGAUGAUACGACUAUGUUUAUGAACUCCAAUGGCGAAAUAUCAUGUCAACUUGGAACACAUAGAGGUAAUAUCAACACUUGGGUGUGGAAUUGCGGGGACAGCUUUCAUCGAUGGAAUGACAAUAAAGCGUCCCUUGAUAGUUUCGCCGAAGCAAUGUCACAGGAUAUAGGGUCAUUGUCAAAAAUGGGUGCAUGUUGGUAUGCAGCGCUGAUCUUAGAGUUGGGAAAACAAUUCAAGUCAUCGAGUCGAACCUACUCCACCACAUCCAGCAACGCAACAAAGGCAAAAAGGAUACCAUCUUCUACAAAAUCAUCCUCAAUGUCAUCAUCAUCAACUUGGGUAGCCUUGGACGAAUUCAGAUGUCCGGUAUCGAAGUGUCGUUCAUGGGGAAGUCGUUUAUGGGUAUGUAACCACGACGGUUCAUCGAUGUUCAUAAACGCCGAAGGCAAAAUGAAAUGCGCAAUCGGCACACACGAAGCGGACAUCUGCAAGUGGGGAUGGAGUUGUGGCGACAGUUGCCAUCGAGAAAUGGACGAUCAAGCGUCUGAGGGGGGCUUCUCAAAUGCCCUGGGACUGAAUUCACAAGCGAUGAGCAAACUAGGUUCAGUCGGGGUCAAAACUCUGAUUUCGGAAUUGGAAAAACAGUUUAGCUCUAGCGGUUCGGUCAUUUACUUCACUAGAGCAGGCUAAUAGCAGUGUUGCGUUUGUCUACAUGAAGAACUGGUCUAUAUUAUACAGAUGAAUUAUAAACCGAUCAACCUAAAUAUUAGUUAUCUCUAGCAAUGAACUAUAUUUAUAAAAUUACAAAGAAAACACAUUUAGAAUGCAGUAUGUAUAGAAGGUGGGUCUGUUGCAUGAGAUUAGUUUCUUUACUUGUCUGUAAUUACGAUAUGCAAGUGGUAUAAACAUGGUUUCUAAACCAUAUAGUAACAAUGUGCAUGCUAAUUUUAACAUUGCUUGUGCUUGAUCGCAAGUUAUGAAACAUUAUUCAAUGCUGUUUAAAAAUGGAACAUUCUAAAACCGCUAAAGUAAAAAACGUAACUCUGAAUGAUGAGCCUGCCACUUGUAACAGUAAUCCAUACAUAUUUUGAUAGUAAGAAAAGUGAACAAAUUGAGAUUAGGACUUUAUUUUAUGUUUUUGUUUUAUUAGUGAAAUGAUAACAAUUGUAUCCAUCUUUAUCUAUUUAUUUGCUUAUACUUUCCAUCCUUAAUGACUCACAAGAAAUCAGCUAAGUAGAUGUAUGGUCAUCCAAUAAGAAUAAUAAUAAUGUAUAGAAAUGUGCAAUAGUUGUUAGAUAAACGCAUGUCAAAUUAUGAACAUAUGUAACUCAUUUCAAUUAAUCCUCUAGCGGUUGGCAUAGCUCCUGGCAAACUAAGGGUUAUUGUAAUGUUUCAGGGUUAGUUUUGUAAUAUGUUAUCAACGCUCAUGUUGUUACAUGAUAUUAAAUAGUAUUCAAGUUUUAUUGUUGUCAAAUAUC